AUGGAAGAAAUUAAUACUUAAAAAUAAGAGGAUUCUCCAGCUCCAUCUGGUAGUUUAAUUGUUAACAUUGAAAAGAUGUAAAGGGAUUCAGUUACAGAAGAAAAAAUAUAACCUGAAGAAGACAUUGAAUUAUAAGCACUAUUUAAUAAAUUAAAUUCAACUAUUGAUGAAACACCAUUUCAUGAAACCAAAUGUUAAAAAUAGAAGCAAGAUUUAUCAUACAAAGCAGAAUUUAUAAUGACUCAUUUUAUAAAAUUCUAUAUCUAUUAGUUGGUAAGAUCUAAAUUUUUAAAGUUAGAUGUUUUACAUUUUUGGGCCAUUGAUUUUUUUUUUCCUUUUAAAUAAACCAGCUUUAAUGUUUAAUUUAGGAUUUUGGUCUUGGAGAUAAGAUGUAGUUUUUCAAUAUAUACAAUGGGUAGGACACAUAUUUUGUCUUUUAAUGUAUUUUUAUUUCUAAUCUCUCUCUUCAUUGGAAAUAGGACUCUUAUGGUUUUCAUUAUUGACUAGAUCAAUAAUAGUUGCUGCUAAAUUUUCAACUCUUAAUGAGGAACGAGUUGAACUUUAUGAGAGGAAUCGUUUAAGUAAAAAAACAAUUUACUUUGAUGUUGUAUUAUUUGAUUGGUCAAUUCAAUCGAAAAAAAUCAAAUAUUUAGAAAUAGCUAAGGCAGCCAAAAGACAUGAUUUUGAUACACAAUUUUUUUACUUUGAUUUCUUAGUUGAACCUAUGAAAGAAACUCAAAAAGCAUUAAUAGAUGAUUAGGAAACCUUGUUAAAUCUACCUCAUAAUGGCACUUAUAGUGGAAUAAAAUUGAUAUCCUAUUUUAUAGAUUCUUAUUAACAGUUAAACACAAGAAAAAAUCAACUAAGCUUAGCUCUUCUUAUUAGUUUUAUUGUUGUAAUUACUCCAAAAGCUUUAGCUUAUGAGAGAUAUCUAUAAAAUCCCGUUGAAAUAUUUUUAAAUAUUGUCUGUGGAAUAUUCUAGAUUAUAUAGUUUAACUGUAUAUUCUUAUACUUACUUAUUUCUCUUGAGGAUAUGAAAAGAAAGAUAUUUUUAUUAGAUUAAGUGUAUUAUUUAAUCAGCACUAAAAGAGUACGUUGUAAAGAAUUUAAAUUAACACCAACUAUUGACAUCAAUUGUCCAAGAACAAUAGAGGCCUGGAGUAUGUUAAGAUCUAUAACUUUUGAUUAUGGAGCAUCUUAUCACAUAAGGAAUUAAAUAUAUCAUACAAUUUUAAUUUUAUGUUGUGUUGCAAGUCUUGUUUUUGCUUUCUAAAUCAUUUUGGAUUAUUUUUAAUUGGAUUAUUACUAUUUGAUUACUUUGGGAAUUGUCUUUUUAAUAUUUUUAAUUUUUAUAUCCUUAUAUUUGUUAAGUGCAGCUACAAUUAAUUAAUUUUUUGAAGAUUUUAAAACUUAGAUUGAAAAUUUAAAAUUUAUUUGUUAAGAUGUCAGAAGAAUGAGGAAACAAUAUUUUGAAGAUAAUAAUUCAGAGCCUUAGAAUUUUGUUCAUAAAUCUUUUGUUAAUCAUCUUAAGGCUUAACAUAAUAAUAAUAGCCUAAUUAUAUAUUAAAGAAUAGAUAACUUGAUUGAUUCUUUAGAUAAUGCUUAAAGACAUAUUGAAUAUGAUAGCAGAAAUUACCCCUUGAAAUUAUAUGGAAUUAAGAUAACCUACGAAAUCCUGUAAAAUUUGGUUGUUGGUUUAUUUACAGUAAUUAGUUUUGUAGUUCAACAAAGAUUUUCAUCUUGA